AUGGCCACGGUCAAUCCUCACAUCAAGGCAGUUCGCUCUCUCUACCGGCGGUCGCUGAAGCUCGCCCUCGACUGGGCUGUCCAACGCAACCUCUGGCGCGGCCAAGCGGUCUAUAUCCGAUCACUCUUCGAUGCGAACAGAAACGUGAAAGAUCCAAGACAACAGCGAAUUUUGUUCAAUGAGACGGAGAAAUUGCUGAGCAAGUGGAAGCAUCCUGAUCCAUAUCGCCCACCAACCGCCCCUGGAGGUUCAAAAUACGAAAGAAACGUUCCGGCUCCAGACCUUCCGCCGCCAUCAAGAGAAUUUGUCAAGAGAUUAUGA